AUGGCGCCCAUCCGGUUGUUCGGAGCGCAGAUGGGCGACGGUCAGUGUGCGUUGCUUAGGUUGAGGGGACUGGGAGCGGCAGUGGUUGAGGGGAGUGGGAGGAGAAGGGGAAGAUGGACUGCGAUUGCGGUACUGGAUGUACAUUUCUUAAGGAGUAAAAAGCAAGGAAUGCCCUCCGUCGGGCGUCGGACCGACACGCAACAGCCUACCGCCAAUUCCCCCAACGUCCUCCCCAUCAUCAUCGCCGCCGUCGCCCUCGUCAUCAUCGUUGUCUGCGUCAUGAUCUACUUCCGCAUCCGGCCGUUCCACAGGGUCCGUGAUUUACCGUUUUGCAUCGCAUUUUACAACUAA